AUGGCCACUUCAUUCUCUGUCAGCUCCCCCAAUAUUGUGGCAACCAAGGUAAUACAAGGAGGUAGCAGCUACAGAGAAGAGCCAGUUGUGGAGAAAAGUAGCAAAGUGGAUGAGAGGAAAGUAGGAGGAACCAAAAUAGCAAGCCUCUUGCUGGUGAAUCAAGCACUAGCUACACUAGCUUUCUUUGGAGUUGGAGUCAACUUGGUACUGUUCCAAACCAGAGUUCUUGGCCAAGACAAUGCCAAUGCUGCCAAUAAUGUCAGCAAGUGGACAGGAACUGUUUAUAUGUUCUCAUUGAUUGGGGCAUUUCUCAGUGAUUCAUAUUUGGGUCGAUACUUGACCUGCACGAUCUUUCAGCUUAUUUUUGUUCUGGGCUUAGCACUGUCCUCAUUGUCAUCUUGGCGUUUCUUGAUCAACCCUGCUGGUUGUGGUGAUGGCCACACUCCUUGCAAACCCACAUCAAUUGGAGUACACAUUUUCUACUUGUCCAUAUAUCUAGUAGCAUUUGGUUACGGGGGGCACCAACCCACCUUGGCAACCUUUGGUGCAGACCAGUAUGAUGAGAAAAAUCCAAAAGAGAAGAACUCAAAAGUAGCUUUUUUCUGUUUUUUUUACUUUGCCCUCAAUGUUGGAUCUUUGUUCUCCAACACUGUUUUAGUCUAUUAUGAGGAUACAGGGAAGUGGACAAUGGGUUUCUUGGUAUCUUUGGCUUCUGCUGUCAUAGCCUUUUUGUCAUUCUUAUCAGGAACUCCAAGAUAUAGGUAUGUAAAGCCAUGUGGGAACCCAGUGAUGAGGGUUGCACAGGUGCUCACGGCUGUUUUUAGGAAAUGGGGUGUGGCUCCAGCCAAGGCAGAAGAACUUUUUGAAGUCGAUGGUCCAGAAUCUGCUAUAAAAGGAAGUAGAAAAAUUCUGCAUACUGAUGAUUUUGAAUUCAUGGACAAGGCAGCAACAGUUACAGAGAAUGAUGAGCCAAGUCCAAAGAAUCCAUGGCGGCUUUGCACUGUGACACAAGUUGAAGAAGCCAAAUGUGUGUUAAGAAUGUUACCCGUUUGGCUAUGCACCAUAAUUUACUCGGUUGUGUUCACACAAAUGGCUUCUCUUUUUGUUGAGCAAGGGGAUGUCAUGAACUCCAACAUAGGAAGUUUUCGUUUGCCAGCAGCUAGCAUGUCUGCAUUUGACAUAUGCAGUGUCCUUGUAUGCACUGGGAUAUAUCGCCAGAUCCUUGUUCCAUUAGCUGGAAGAUUAAGUGGUAAUCCAAAGGGACUAACUGAGCUUCAAAGAAUGGGAAUUGGCCUAAUUAUUGGUAUGUUGGCAAUGGUUGCAUCUGGUGCCACUGAGAUUGUAAGGCUUAGGCGUAUUAUUCCUGGCCAGAAGACAAGUACCUUGAGCAUAUUUUGGCAAAUCCCACAGUAUGUUUUGGUUGGUGCUUCGGAAGUUUUCAUGUAUGUGGGUCAACUGGAGUUCUUUAAUGGGCAAGCCCCAGAUGGCAUAAAGAGUUUUGGGAGCUCACUUUGCAUGGCUUCAAUUUCUCUUGGGAACUAUGUAAGUAGCAUGUUGGUGAACAUGGUUAUGGUGAUCACAGCAAGAGGCCAGAAUGGAGGUUGGAUUCCUGAGAACUUGAACACUGGACACAUGGAUAGAUUUUUCUUCCUCCUUGCAGGGCUAGCUGCUUUUGACUUUGUGCUAUAUUUAUUCUGUGCCAAGUGGUACAAGACAAUCAAUGUUGAGGGCAGUGACAUGGAAGGCCAAGAGAAGGAGGGUGUGAAUAGUAUGAUUUGA